GCCACAGACGCUGCAGCUGUACUUCCGGGCGCUGAUGCAGGCGGCGCCAUCGCGUGAGCCCCGGUUCCCCUGGGUCAGGAGUGGACCGCCACUGGGAGAUGCAGAAGAUCUCCGUGUUGCUCUUCCUGGCCUGGGUCUGCUUCCUCUUCUAUGCUGGCAUUGCCCUCUUCACCAGUGGCUUCCUUCUCACCCGUUUGGAGCUCACUAACCAUAGCAGCUGCCAGGAGCCCCCAGGUCCUGGGUUCCUGCCGUGGGGAAACCAAGGGAAGCCUGGGGCCUGCUGGAUGGCUUCCCGGUUCUCCCGGGUUGUGUUGGUGCUGAUAGAUGCCCUGCGAUUUGACUUUGCCCAGCCCCAGUACUCACAAGUGCCUGGGGAGCCUCCUGUCUCACUGCCCUUCCUGGGCAAACUACGCUCCUUGCAAAGGAUCCUGGAGAUUCAGCCCCACCAUGCCCGACUCUACCGAUCUCAGGUUGAUCCUCCUACGACCACCAUGCAGCGCCUCAAGGCCCUCACCACCGGCUCAUUACCUACUUUUAUUGAUGCUGGCAAUAACUUUGCCAGUCAUGCCAUAAUGGAAGACAAUCUUAUUAAACAACUCACCAAUGCAGGAAGGCGUGUAGUCUUCAUGGGAGAUGAUACCUGGAAAGAUCUUUUCCCUGGAGCUUUUUCAAAAGCUUUCUUCUUCUCUUCCUUCAAUGUCAGAGACCUACACACAGUGGACAAUGGCAUCUUGGAACACCUGUAUCCCACCAUGGACAGUGGUGAAUGGGACGUGCUGAUUGCUCACUUCCUGGGUGUGGAUCAUUGUGGCCACAAGCAUGGCCCUCACCACCCUGAAAUGGCCAAGAAACUUAGCCAGAUGGACCAGGUGAUCCAGGGACUUGUGGACCGUUUGGAGAAUGACACAUUGCUGGUGGUGGCUGGGGACCACGGGAUGACCAUGAAUGGAGACCAUGGAGGGGACAGUGAGCUGGAAGUCUCAGCUGCACUCUUUCUAUACAGUCCCACAGCCCUGUUUCCCAGCACCCCACCAGAGGAGCCAGAAGUGAUUCCUCAAGUCAGCCUUGUGCCCACACUGGCCCUGCUACUAGGCCUGCCCAUACCAUUUGGAAACAUUGGGGAGGUGAUAGCUGAGCUGUUCUCAGCGGGCAAGGACUCCCAGCCCCACCUCUCUGCUCUAGCCCAAGCCUCAGCUCUCCAUCUCAAUGCCCAGCAGGUAUCCCGAUUUCUUCACACCUACUCAGCUGCUACUCAGGACCUCCAAGUUAAGGAGCUUCAUCAGCUACAGAAUCUCUUCUCCAAGGCCUCUGCUGACUACCAGUGGCUUCUUCAGAACUCCCAAGGGGCUGAGGCUGCAUUGCAGACUGUGAUUGCUGAGCUGCAGCAGUUCCUGCGGGGAGCUCGGGCUAUAUGCAUUGAGUCUUGGGCCCGUUUCUCUCUGGUCCGCAUGGCAGGGGGUGCUGCUCUCUUGGCUGCUGCCUGCUUUCUCUGUCUGCUCGCAUCCCAGUGGGCAACAUCCCCAAGCUUCCACUUUCGCCCUCUGCUGCUUAUACCUGGGGCCUGGGGCCUGGGUGGAGCCAUACUAUAUGCAGGACUCCUGGCAACUACUGGGCUGAAGCUGGAUCCAGUGGUUCUAGGGACCAUGGCUGCAACAAGCUCACUUCUCCCUUUUUUGUGGAAAGCUUGGGCUGGCUGGGGGUCUAAGAGGCCCAUAGCAACUCUGCUUCCCAUCCCUGGGCCUGUCCUUUUACUCCUGCUCAUUCGCUUGGCUGCCUUCUUCUCUGAUAGUUUUGUUGUAGCUGAGGCCAGGGCUACCCCCUUCCUUUUGGGCUCACUCAUUUUGCUCCUGGUUGCCCAGCUUCACUGGGAGGGUCAGCUGCUGCCGCCUAAACUGCUCACAAUACCCCGCCUUGGCUCUUCUUCCCCAACAGGCCCCCCACGGCACAGUGGUGCAUAUGCCCUGAAGCUUGGAGUUGGGUUGCUUUUAUGUACAAGGCUAGCUGGGCUUUUUCAUCGCUGCCCUGAAGAGACACCUGCUUGCCACUCCUCUCCCUGGCUGAGUCCUCUGGCAUCCAUGGUGGGAGGUCGAGCCAAAAAUUUGUGGUACGGAGCUUGUGUUGGGGCACUGGUGACCCUAUUAGUUGCUGUGCGACUAUGGCUUGGCCGCUAUGGUAAUCUCAAGAGCCCUGAGCCCCCUGUGCUCUUUGUGCGCUGGGGGCUGCCUGUAAUGGCACUGGGCACUGCUGCCUACUGGGCAUUGGCAUCGGGGGCCGAUGAAGCACCCCCGCGUCUCCGAGCCCUGGUUGCUGGGGCAUCAGUUGUGCUUCCUCGGGCAGUGGUGGCGCUGGCUGCUUCAGGACUCAUGCUGCUUCUCUGGAGGCCUGUGACAGUGCUGGUAAAGGCUGGGGCAAGUGCCCCAAGGACCAGGAUUGUCCUCACUCCCUUCUCGGGGCCCCCUACUUCUCAAGCUGACUUGGAUUAUGUGGUCCCUCAAAUUUACCGACACAUGCAGGAGGAGUUCCGGGGCCGGCUAGAGAGGACCAAAUCUCAGGGUCCCUUGACUGUGGCUGCCUAUCAGUUGGGGAGCAUCUACUCAGCUGCUAUGGUUACGGCCCUCACCUUUUUGGCCUUUCCACUUCUGCUAUUGCAUGCAGAGCGCAUCAGCCUUGUGUUCCUGCUUCUGUUUCUGCAGAGCUUCCUUCUCCUGCAUCUGCUUGCUGCUGGGAUACCCAUCACCACCCCUGGUCCUUUUACUGUGCCAUGGCAGGCAGUGUCAGCAUGGGCCCUCAUGGCCACACAGACCUUCUACUCUACAGGCCACCAGCCUGUCUUUCCAGCCAUCCAUUGGCAUGCAGCUUUUGUGGGAUUCCCAGAAGGUCAUGGCUCCUCUACUUGGCUUCCUGCUUUGCUAGUAGGAGCCAACACCUUUGCCUCCCACCUCCUCUUUUCAGUAGGUUGCCCACUACUUCUGUUGUGGCCUUUCCUAUGUGAGAGUCAAGGGCCAAGGAAGAGGCGGCAACCCCCAGGGAGUGAAGCUGAGGCCAGAGUCAGGCCUGAGGAGGAGGUGGAGGAGCCACUGAUGGAGAUGAGGCUCCGGGAUGCACCUCACCACUUCAAUGCAGCACUUCUGCAGCUGGGCCUCAAGUACCUCUUUGUCCUUGGUGUCCAGAUUCUGGCUUGUACCUUGGCUGCCUCCAUCCUCCGCAGGCAUCUCAUGGUCUGGAAGGUGUUUGCCCCCAAGUUCAUUUUUGAGGCCAUAGGCUUCAUCGUGAGCAGCGUGGGACUUCUCCUGGGCAUAGCAUUGGUGAUGCGAGUGGAUGGUGCUGUGAGCUCCUGGUUCAGAAAACUAGUUCUGGCUCAGCAGAGGUAGCCUAGGCUAUGGAUGCUUACAUCUGACUACAGAGAGAACUGGAGAAUAAUAUAGCUUGGCCUGUACAGGUGCUAGCUAAACUACAAGAGAGGCUCAGCCACAUCUCUUUCCACCAUGCAGCCAGGCACUGGGACUUCAUUAUUUUAAAAUUCAAAAUCACAGUGGAGUCUGAUCCCUAACUCCUGAUUUGGUUGCAUCUGAUGGAUAAGGGUGUUAGCUAUGGUGGGUCUCCAAAGUGGAAUAAAAAAAAUGUAAAUAUGUUUGUCUGA